AUGGACGCUUCCAAGGCAGACAUUCGCAUCGACUUUAAGCAAGGGGGAGGGUCAAGCUCUUGUGUUGGCACCGAUGCUCUCUCGGAGAACAACCAGGAGAAAAGGACGAUGAACCUCGACAUCAACCUGAGGCAUUCUGAAGAGUUCAUUCGUCGAAAGGUCCUUCAUGAAUUUGGCCGCGUGCUGGGUUGUGAACAUGAGCAUCAAUCUCCACUUGAGGAUUUCGAGUGGAAUAAAGAUCUUAUCUAUGAGGAGCUCAGCAAACCACCCAACAGCUGGUCCCGCGCCCCGAUCGACCACAAUGUGAUCAAACGACUUGAGAGUAGCGAAGUUAGCACUAGUUCAUUCGACGCCGAUUCUAUCAUGCUAUACGAAUAUCCUGCACGCUGGUUCAAGAACACUGUCUCUGGUGGCACAAAGAGCAAUACCAGAUUACCUGAGAGAGACAAGAAAUGGAUUGCCAAUACCUAUCUUCCUUGGUCGAGUGAUAUUGGCCAAUUCAGUACGCUACAGGUGCGACCGUUCGACACCUUUAGCUCCGACCCUGUUCAACAGGAUAUGGCUUUUGAGCCGUCUUACAUUGAACCGCCUCAAGUCGCAGUUGUGGACCACUUCACUGUUGGGAUAACUCCCGGUACUGGGUCCAAUGUCUACUCGGCGGCAUGCUCCUGGCUAGAAGCUUUCAGCUUCACGUCGAAGCUGGACCUGACACGGACCUUCGCGACGCAACUGUCACCUGGGUGGCCAUCCCAGCGGGCCAUUGAUUUCGCUCAUGCUGGAUUCCGGAGUGCACCAGCUAUGAUGAUGGCCAUCAGCGGGAUUGAUUUCGAGUGCGGUCAUAACCUGCGUCUUCGCGUUAGUCACUCGUCUCUGACCAAGGACGGUAUGGUGUGGCACUUGGACAGCUGGCUGGAUUCCGUCUUGAAUACUGCCACUGGCGUCUAUGUUGCCGUGGGUGGGCCAAAUGUGGAUUAUGAGGAAUGA